AUGUCCAAGCCGCCGAUGGCUUUGAAUGAAGUGAUGCCAGUGGCAGCCAAGUCAUCUCCACGCUUAGCAGCAGCGAAAGUUUACCGCAAACGCAGCGCUGCCAGCAGCGCAGCAGCAAGAGCAACAACAACAACGGCGGCAACACUUGCCAGCAGCAAAGCGCCGGAGAAAUGCGAGCCCAAAGUGCUGGAAGCACUGCCCGAUGAGCCGUUUUACGACUUUACGGAGAUUGCGGAAGAGGCCGCCAGGCAAUUUACUGAAUUCUUAGCACACAAAUUUCCAAACACCAAUGCGCCCAUUGCCAUCGAUGAGGAGACGCGCGCCGAAGUAAGCCACCGUGCCAAUGCCAUUGCCAGCUAUGCGCUCAACGAGGAUGACAAUUUGUUGGCUUUUGCCAUCGCCGCGCCCAGCAUCCAUACGGUUGUCGUCAAAUUCAGGGACAAUGUUACGAUACCACCGCAUCAGGUGCACAACAAGGCCUAUUUGGGCUCAUACUGGCGCGAACUGGGCGCCGCUUGGAACAGCAGCGAUGGCACUCAGGAGUGGGCCGCACCGUUUCGUGACUGCAACCUGUUGACGGGUCGCUGGCUGUGGCCCUUUCGCAUAUCAUUCACCGAGCAUCGCAUCAAAAUUGUUGCCGCUGCCUUUAUAGCGGCUGAUGAGGAUGUCUGCAAUGAUGGGCUGGAGGAUGUUUUCGGCAGGCGUCAUGGCUGCGAUCGUAAUACAACUUUCUGUCUGCUGACCGAGAAUAAGCCCGCCGCCACACGUGAUGUUUACACCUGUAUAUGUCGCGAGUCCUUUUAUUUGCCAAACUCCACGCUGCAAGGCUUUCGUGGCGAUCUAGUGGAGCUAUCCGAGGGCUUUGACAACUACUCGUGCAUACCCUGUCCGGGUGGCUGCAGCAGCUGUGAUUCGCAGGGAGUGUGCCUCAACUUUCAAGAAGAGGAAGUGCUCAACUUGGACGCAUGUCUGCGUCUGCUGGUGGCUAUAGUGCUAGGCGCCUGUAUACUCUGCUGUGUAGUUCUAAGCGUCAUAGUUUUUAGGCAGCGCAAGUGCAAGGCUAUUGCAUCGGGCAUGUGGACUGUGCUGGAGACCAUAUUGCUGGGCAUUGUUUUACUUUACCUAUCGGUUGCCGUCCAUUUCUUUCCCGCCUCCACGGAGCGCUGUUUGCUGGAGCCUUGGCUGCGUGAGAUCGGCUUCAUUACCUGCUAUGGCGCCAUUAUACUCAAACUCUAUCGCCAUUUGGUGGACUUUCGCACACGCAAAGCGCAUCGCUGGGUGCUGCGCGAUGUGGAUUUGCUGAAAUAUCUGGGCACCAUGGUCUUUGCUGUUAUAUGCUAUAUGGCUGCUUUUACGGCUUCGGCGUUGGAUCUGCUGGAGAGCGCACAGAUGGGCAGUCUGCGUGAGGUUAGAACCAACACCUGCCAUCCGCUCAAGUGGGAGCUGGUUACGCAGACCAGCGAGAUGCUCAUACUCUGCUUUGGACUGCAUUUGGCAAUUGCAGUUCGCAAUGCUAAUACACAAUUUAGAGAGCGACAAUUUCUGGUUACUGCGCUGACGCUGGAAUUUCUCGUCUCGUCCAGUUACUAUCUACUGCGCUUCUUCUAUUUGCCCGAGCUGAGUCCCAGUCACAUUCUGUUGGCACUUUUUGUGCGCUCACAGCUGACGAAUAGCUUUGCUCUGGGUUUGAUAUUUGUGCCAAAAUUAUGGUAUCAGCAUAAGCAGGGUACGUCACAUGAUGCUGGCCAGCGCUUGGGCGGCGGCUAUGCGGGCCUGUGUCUCGGCGAUCCCGACAUUGGCGAGCUGACCAUAUCCGAAAUGAGUCCCGAGGACAUACGUGCCGAACUCAAAAGACUGUACACGCAAUUGGAGAUUUUGAAGAACAAAACUUUGCGUCAGGAUAAUCCGCAUAUAAGCAAAAGACGCGGUGGACGCAAGGCGGGCCAUCGUCGUUUCUCCUUGCAAAAAAAGGGCAGCAAAGACAAGGCUUUAAGUGCCAAACAUCGCAGCAAUAAACAUCAUCAGGAUAUUGAAAUCACCGAGGCGGAGCCAUCGCGCACACCCGAGGACUCCGUCUGCAGCGGAGAAGGUCCCACAGAUACCUAUGCUGAAAUAUCGGGCAUAUCGCAUUCAAUGCUAUCCCACUCCAUGGUCUCCCAUUCCGUUGUCUCGCACUCCAAGUAGACAUACACACUCCAAACCUUAUUUUGUAUAUACAAACAAAGCAUAUAUAGCAUAUAUGUUAACUGAGCAUUAGUUGCCCGCAGUUGGCAGCAAAAUUUCAAAUGAAUAGGCGCAACAAACAAAAUACAAUAACAUGCAUUACUUUAAUUUUUGUGUGGCAAAAAUCAACAAAAAAAAAAAACAUUGAUACAAAGUAGUUAAUAUGUAUACAAACAAUAACAGCAACAAGAGUAAACAAAUUACUUUAUUUUAACUGAAAAAGUGAGAAGAGAAUAGAAAGAGAGAGAGCAAAUGUUGAAUGCAAAUGAAGUAUUUAAUAUGAAAGCAUUUUUGUACGAUUUUGAUAAAUUUUUAGAGCUGUAUUUUUCUGUUAUUUUCCUAGUUUUUUGAAACAUAUAGCAAACCGCGUUGUGUGACAGCAAAUCAAGUAUAAAAACAUAAAAAAAAACAAAAACAGAGCCCACCUUUAUAGGUAACAUUAAACUGUACUGUAGGCAACUAAGUCCAACUGAAACUUAUCGUUGUAAAUCGUUUUGAGUUUUCUGAUGCGCUUGCAGUGUAGAUUAACAGUGGGCGCCUUGACAGUUUUAUGUUAAGUACAUACCAUAGUUAUGUUAAUAAAAGGAAAUCUAGAUAUGGCUGCAAGGGUAUUUUAGCUUUAGCUAAAAGAUUUCUCAAUUUUCAUUUGUAGCUUUUCAUUUCAAUGCCAACUGAGUUCCUCUCACAGUUACUAACAUAAUAAUAAUUUUGUCUUUCAUUUGUAUAAGCAUUAAGAUGUUGAUUUUCAAAUGAUCUUAUCUGUUGAUCAUUAACAUUUGAUAUACAUAUAAACAGCAAAUAAUCAGUUGUAAAUUUGAGCUUAUAGGCAUUAAACGUACUAGAACAUUUUCCCCACAUAAACUCCACAUAAUCGAUGCCUAGUCUAUAAUCUAAUCAUGUGUGUACUUUAAUAUUAUAUGUGCUCGUAUCUAUGUAUAUGUUAAAUCAAAUUAAAAAAACACCCAAUGUGUCAUUCCAAAACCCAGAAUCAGCGUAAAUUUGUAUAUAUUAACAUACUGUAUAACUGAACUAUCGGCACUUGUUAACUUUUGUGAGAACAGAACGAGCUAAAUAAUUGGCGAGCUCUUUAAUUAAACUAAUAAAUCUAAAUGUAGCUGAAGAAAAUAUUUGUCCACAAUAUAACUUUUACUUUCGAAAUUGAUUUGAACUCAAGUAAAAAUCAAAACGAAAUGUUUUCAAGUUUUAUGGUGUAGGUUAUUUUUGAAAACAAAAGAAAAUAAAAGAAAAGCGAAAAUGAAAAAUACGAGUAAAAAUACACGCAUGAACGAAAUACAUUUCAAAUGUAUUCAACGGAAUAAGCUAUAUAUAAAUAUCUGGUAUAUAUAUAAAUAAAUAAUUCUAAGACGUUUUUGACGCUCGUUCAAAAUGGAGAAAGCGUAAUAUUGACAAAAUGAUUUUGAAUGCGUUAAGCAAACGAAUACAGAGACAAAAGCCACGCCAAGCCACGUUACAUAGGCAUUUAUAUAUGAGGGGCAUGACAUACAUGAGAUACAUAUAUAUAUAGAAAUUCUAUUGAUAAAAUUAGUUAAACAUACAACAACAAACUUGCCUACAAGUUGAGCAUUUAAAAUGAAAAUAUUAAAUUUAACACAACAACAGACAAAAUCAAGCAACUUUUUGAUUGGGUUUGAUCAGAGAGUCUGUGUAAAGAUAUUUAAUAAAA